AUGUCCUUCACAAUGGAGGAUAAUUUGGAGUCGGGGUGGGUAGCCGUCCGACCGAAUGCGUUUGAAGAGAAGGAAAAGCACAAAUUUGUUUUCAUCGUGGCCUGGAACGAAGUGGAAGGUAAAUUUGCCAUUACGUGUCACAACAGGACGGUGCAGAGGAGAAGCUUUGGUAGGGACCCUCCAGUGGAGGCGACCAGCCUGGAUGGGGACAAAACAAAAUGGCCCGAAAGUCCCGUCAGGGAUAAAGUAUCAAGGAGCCCGAGCAGAGGAGCCAGAGAGGCUGUGGAUAAAGGCUGCAGCCCUAAAACCAAGUUCGUGACAGCAUCAAAACCAAGUCCUGUCAAAAUUCAAACUGUGAUUAAAUCUGCAGCGUCCCCCGUUAGUCCUGAUAUUGAAGUGUUAAGAUCACUGAGAGAGGACCCGCUGUCCCCGUCACUGGACAGCUUGGACCUGGAUGAACUGGAUAGCCUGAGCAGGGAGGACUGCAGCUGGGCCGGGCUCUUCUCCUUCCAGGACCUCCGGGCCAUCCACCAGCAGCUGUGCUCGGUGAACUCGGACCUGGAGCCCUGUCUCCCGGUAUUUCCGGAGGAACCAGCCGGGAUGUGGACGGUGCUGUUCGGCCCGGCGGGAGUACCCGAGACCGAAAUGGAUGAGCUCUGCUACAGUUUACAGUUGUACCUUGGUCAUGCGCUCGAUACGUGCGGAUGGAAGAUACUUUCGCAGGUUCUGUUCACGGAAAACGACGACCCAGAUGAGUACUAUGAGAGUCUGAGCGAGCUGAGGCAGUCAGGGUACGAAGAGGCGCUCAGCCGUGCCACAAAACAUCUGCAAGAGCUGCUGGAGAAGCACAAGGCCAUGGACAGUAUGGUAGAGCUGUUGGAGCUAUAUGAGGAAGAAGAUCAAGCCUACGGAGGCCUGCUGGAGGCCUCGACACAGCUGUACCAGUACCUGCUGCAGCCCUUCAGAGACAUGAGGGAACUAGCAAUGCUACGCAGACAGCAGAUCAAGAUUUCUAUGGAGAAUGAUUACUUAGGCCCAAGGCGGAUUGAUGCUCUUAAAAAGGAGGACUUUGACUGGCAGAAAAAAGCUCAGGAGGCGGUCCUCAACAUCCAGGAGUUUACUGUAAAAUACUUUGAGAUCACUGCCAGAGCCCAGAAAGGGGUGUAUGAGCGUAUGAAGGUGGACCAGCGUAAGUUUGGUAAAGCUUCAUGGACAGCGGCGGUGGAGCGCAUGGAGAGACUCCGCUACUCUGUCGCAAAGGAGACUCUGCAGCUCCAGAGAGCAAGGGAGAUCUGUCUGGACCAGAGGAAACACACACUUCGAGAGGAGAUGCAGAGUCUGUGUAGCAGUGAGAAUGCCAUGGCCCUUUUAGACCACAUGGAGACACAGUACUAUGAGCUCCAGCUCCAACUGUAUGAUAUCCAGGCUGAGAUACUACAGUGUGAAGAGCUGCUCCUCACUGCUCAACUGGACAGCGUUCGCAGACAGAUCACAGAGCGUCAGGAUGAAGUGGUGUACUACGACACCUUUGAAAGUGCAGAUGAUAUAACAGAGGAUGAUAAUACAGAGAGGGAACAGUUGCGCAGGCUUCAGGUCAGCGCUCGACAGCUGGAGGCAAGAAGGGGGCGCAUCACUGCCAAGCGCUCUUACCUGAGGAACAAGAGGGAGAUUUGUGUGUCCAACCACACUCAGAAACAGCAGAAACGUCAAACCAUCAACAAGGACUCUACAUCCCACCAGGUCUUACGGCUGAAAAAUGAAGAAGAAGAAGACGAGGAGAGGAAGAACAGCAGAGUUAGUCAGGAGAGACAGAGAACUCUGGACAGACUUCGUACUUUUAAGCAGCGGUACCCUGGUCAGGUGAUCCUGAAGUCAACUCGACUCCGUGUGUCCCACACCAGAAGAAGAGACCGUGGAAGGAGCAUGGACAUGAGUAGCGUGAGUGAGAGGGAGGAGCGCGUGGACUCAUUCUGUGUCCAGACCCAGAGCCAGCCGCUGUGUCUCAGUACCAGUGUGCAGACGGACCCGAGCCCCAGCUCCACGCUCACCACUCAGCCCGUCACAGCCCUGACAGCAUCCCUUCCUCCGCUGCCUGUACCUAGUUCUGCUGACUCCUCCUGCUCUCCCUGCUCCCUGUCCUCACUGCUGGCAUCCCCCAUCUCCCCUCCCCCUCCGCCGCCCCCUCCACCUCCUCUGCCAACAAAGGAGGAGUUGUCACCUUCUGAGAGUCCGGGUCGGCAUGGGCACAAGGUUGAGGUGAAGAGUGCAACAGAGGAGCUCUCCCUCUCCCCACUCGGCCCAUUUAUCCCUCGCUUCUUUGACAGCAGCCAGUUGGUGAGCGCCCGGAAAAAGCUGAGGAAGACUCCAGAGUUUGACUCACACAGCAGACGAGUGAGCUCACCCAUGGAUGAAGUUUUAGCCUCCCUGAAGAGAGGCAGCUUCCACCUGAGGAAGGUUGACCAGCGGACCAUGCCUCCUGCUAAGGGUGACGAUGACCCCAACAGCAUCCUGGUUCAGAUUCGCAAGGGGGUCAAACUUAGGCGCGUCCCCAGGAAAGAGAGAAAAGACCAGGGAGAGCUCCCAGCCUCUACUGACCCCCUGACCAGGAGCAUCCACGAGGCGCUGCGCCGCAUCAAGGAGGCCUCACCAGAGUCUGACUCUGAUGACGAUGGGCUGGCCGGCCCUGACUGGGACAGCUAGGGUUGAAGGCUGAGACGCAACAUAUAAUAUAGACACAGACGCCUGCACACUCUGGCACUGCACGCAUUGUACUGUACUGCACACAGACACAGACACACACACACACACACACACACACACACACACACACAUACACACACACACACACACACACACAUGCAAAAACACAUACAUACAGUCAUACAUAACACUCGCAGCCCAGUCACAUUAUGUAACUAGUGACAAUGCCAAGGCCUGAAUCAUAUUGAAUAUCACCAACUCACCAAAUGCUCUGAAGGUCUAUGGUCAACCUGUCCAUUUGUUUUUGUUACACUACAUUCACCAUCGCGAAGGACAUUAUUUGUAUUUUUAUUUCUGCUUUAUGUAAUUGUGGUUUUAUUCCCGUACUGUAAUCAGAUCGUGAUGAUGAUGCCAUGUUUGUUUUUUUAUUUUUCUUUCAUGUCUACUGUAAAGCUCUGCACUGGCCCUUUGUGGCUACAUUACCAUUAAGAAACAGCACUUAGCGCAUUUUUACACCAACACUGAAACAGAAAGCUAUCAGCGCUGUGAGGUGUGUGAUUAUUUUUCUCCACCCACCCCAAAGCAUUAGGAAUGAGAAACUGUAACACAAAUAUGUUGUGUGUGUGUGUGUGUGUGUGUGUGUGUGUGUGUGUGUGUGUGUGUGUGUGUGUGUGUGUGUGUGUGUGUGGUUGAUUAUUUGCAGUCAUGAUGAAGAUCAAAACAAAUGGAAGAUCCCACUGAACUGGAUUUACAGUCCAUUUACAUACCAUUACACCAUCAAACAUCACCUCUGCUGACACGCUCUUCUAUUUUUAUUCAACCAGUAUUACUAUGACUGAGCCAGACUAUGCUGCACAGCUGGUUUUGUCCCAACACAUGUGGGUGUGGUGAUGUCUGACAGACCAUUGCUUGUCAACACUGUACAUCUAUUGUAAAUCCUUUAGUUUGUAAUACCAGAUUCAUGCCCUUCCCCCACUCUUUUCCUCGUCUGGCCUUGACUACCCCCAACUCUCACCCCCCCGUCUGGAUGAGGGAAUAUGUAUCGACCCAUCUGUUCGACUGCAGCAUAUGGCCUGGUGACUGGUGGUAACUGUGGAGGGUCACAGAAGGUUUAUCACGUGUUGCCACAUCUAGACAACAUCUCCGAGCAGAAGCUGGUCACCUUGAGUCGGAGUAGAUUAGGUGAAGGGUCAUCGGCAGAGCUGCGGCGUGUCUGUAGCGAGGCGGAGGUCGUGCAUUCUUUGUAAAGUGUGGACAGACUUGGUUGGUGAUUUCUGAACUUCGUAUGUGGGAUAGUCACGGCAGAGCCAGUCGCGCUUGUUUUUUUAAUGAUGGAUGGUUUAGUGGGAGGCUCGAUUCUCUCAGCACUGUAGGGAGUAACUGUGGGCUGUGGAGCAGAUUGAUGCGGUUUCUCAUGCCAUCUUAUUCACUUUCUCUCCCUUCCUCUUGCAUCUUUUUCUAAUUUCUUUCUCUGCACUCAGUGGGCAGGAGCACACAGCGGGAGGUCUCUUACUCACAGUGGUGGGAGUGAAAACAUGCUCAUGCACACAUGGGCUCAUGCACCAAACUCAGCCAAUAUGUGCAGAAACACUUCUGUGGGAGAACCAGUGAGUGGUUUCACCCCCUCUAAUGUACCUAGUACAGUUUCUGAAUCACUUUAUGUGUAAAUGAGUAAAAUGUUUUUGGUUGUCUUUUAUUCACUGGUCAAACAUUAUAUCUGUAGUAGAUGAAUAAGUUUGAAAGCACAUGUGAAAUUGGACCUACAGAAGUGUGAUGGCAGGCUUAGCGGCACAGGAAUCCACCAUCCAUGUUGAAGUGAAGCAAAAAGAUGUGGAUUCAUAAACUAAGCUCUGACUCUGGAACAGCCUCAGCAUGUCCUGUUUUAAGUAGCUUUGAUGCAAAGAUUUGUGCUUUUCCUCUUGUUCAAGUGUCAAGAGCCAUUCACAGAUUUAUCAUGACGCAGACAGAAAUGUAGUAAGAACCAGCAUGGAAGUAUAUGUCACAUUAUAAGCUUGAAAAUAGCUCAGUGCUAAAGAGAGUUGUUUUUUGGUUUUUUUUUUUGCUGGCAGAGAAAACCUGAGGCACUUUUACACGUCCUCUGUCACUAUCAGCACAAUGUUCUUCCAUGGUACCCUCAUCGUGUAGCAUGAGACGGAGAUCUAACCCUAACCUGACUCUUGAUUUUAAACCGAACCCUGACCUUGUUCGACAUAAUGUCACCGUAACUGACGAGAGUAGAUUUUCCGAAAAUGAUUCUAGUGCAAAGGUUUACGCUGCUCCACCAAACAACGAGCUCAAAAGUUUUUGGGAAACUGCUGCACAUUUGCCUUGAAUCAACUACCCAUCACCUGACUGACCUAAGAAACACACUGUCAUGUCUUUAACACUGAUCUGUGAAUAACCUCAACUCAGCUUGUCUGUCAGCUAACUGUAAUUUUUACAUUGCAUUUCACUGCCUCGGUUGUAUCUUGUUUUCCAAAGCAUUUCAAGCCAAAUUGUGUUGUGAUGUGUUUGCUUCUGAACAUUUCCUAUGUAGACCUGUUAUCCACACAGGCUGACUAUAUGACCCCGCUGUCUGAAUAAGCCAGUCAGUCACUUGAGAAGUGCAAUAUCAAUAUGGAGAAUACACAAAAAAGGAUGAAACAAGUUAAUGGGUGAUAAUGAGGUCAGAUUAAUUGCCUAAAACGACAGACUUAUUAAAUGUUGCAGUUGUGUUUAUAUAUUUUGUGUGUAAACACACUGUUUCAAGAAUACCUUUCUGCCUUUAGUCCUUCCAUUUUAUUUACAAUCUUGCCCCUGCAUUUGAAUAAAACCUUGUGAAGCAAA